GGAAGUUACAACUUUCGCUUUUGAAGACGCCAGAAAUUCGUUGACUAUCCAAACUGCAACUUUUUAAAUCAUACAACCACAUGUGAAUGUAAUGAGUUGUGUACUUAAAAUAUUCGAGCACUCGGAAGGAUGGAUGCAGUUCCCGGACGAAAGGCACAAAUGGCAUCUGGAUCGGCUCCUGACCUCACCUACUGCCAGCCAUGCGCGGAGGACGGCAAGAAAAUCCUCCCUGAGGCCUUCUGUCCCGUCUGUAAGGAGUUCCUGUGUUCCACCUGCGCCCGAGUACACCGGAACCAGAAAAUAACCAAAACUCACGCCCUCCAGGACAAGGACAAUAUGCCUUCCUCAUUCCGCGAAGAGAGUGAAGAUGAAAAGUUUACAGAAACAUGUCAGCGUCAUGCUCAAGAGUUCAUAAAAUAUUUCUGUCUUAAUCAUGAGACACUUCUGUGUGGGGACUGCUUGGCUGAAAAAGCUCAUCGCUCAUGCAAUAUUGAAAGGAUUUCUCAAGUUGCAAAACGGUACAAGGUGGGUGCAGAAUACAACAGCCUGAAAACAGGACUUGUCCAGACGGCCUCUGACAUUGGCAAACUGUCACACGACAUACAGGUGAUCAUGAAAUCAGUUGACGAAGAAAGCCUUACCAAUAUCAAUGAGCUUCGUAAAUUUAGGACUGAAAUUAACCAGUACCUGGAUAAAAGGGAAAAUAAACUCUUGGCAGAAAUUGAUCAGAAGAAACGAACAUCCAAAACACUGCUAGAUGAACUGAAAUCAAAAUGCAGAAACAUGAAAUCAUCCAUUGAGAAACUAAAGUCGGAGCUACAAGCACAGGACGACAAUAGCAACCAGCUAUUAAUAGUAGGAAAACGAGCUAUUAAAGAGCUGGCAGGUCUCCAGGCAGCCCUUGAAGAUGUGAGCAGGAGGAAUGAAGUUCCCCGAUACAAGUUUCACAGGGACCCCGAAACUGAGAAGUUAAUAGCUUCCGAAAAAGCAAUAGGACGGUUGGGAGAGGACGAAUUAACGUCGGCGUUAGGGCAGCAACACCGACAACUGCAAACGAAGCAUGAACAACGGCAACAGGAGACGAUGCAACAACACCAAAAACAGAUAAAAACUGUAUCACAAAAAGGUGAAUCAACUGCUGCUGCAGGGCAGCAAAGACAACAACAACAGAAGGAGCAGCAACCACGGCAACUCGAGACUAUGCAGCAACAACAAAAACACAUGCAAGGCGUAUCACCAAAAGCCUUAAACCAGUGCAGAGCAGACCUAAGCCAAUCCCAGUUUAGCAAGCUUCCAGACAUUCCAGUGAAGACGGCAGCCGACACCAGUAAAUGCGGGCUGACCAGAGUGACCCUCCUGUCCACAGGCAGGCUCCUACUGGCUGACUGCAACAAUAACUCAGUACAGCUUGUGGAGACCACUACCAACAAGAUGGUGUCCCAGGUGAAACUGCCAAGUGAUCCGUGGGACCUGUGUCUUCUGCCUGGGGACAGGGCAGCCGUCACUCUGCCUUUGAUGAAGAAGAUACAAUUCGUAUCUACUCAGGAAAAUGUCACACUACAGGAUGUCGUUAAAAUAGAUGGAAGAUGUCGUGGAAUAGAUUUUUGUGAUGACAACUUGAUAGUGUCCUGCUCCCACCCAGGCAAGGUUGUGUUGAUGGACAUGAAGGGAAAGGUGAAGAAGAGUGUGGGCAAAGGCAGCAGAGGAAAACCUUUGUUUCAGGAACCCGAGUAUCUGACAGUGACCAGAGAGAGCCAGACUCCUCCAGUCAUAUAUGUCUCAGACUGGCUCACCAGGACCAUAACCAAGCUGAGCAUCUCACUAGAGGUGCUCCAUACAUACCAUGACCCGAUACUGGGAUCACCACGUGGUCUAACAGCCGUUGGGGACAACCAGCUGCUCGUGUGUGGGUGGGGCAGUAACAAUAUACUGCUACUAGACACGCUCACCGGCAAGAUAACCCAACUGUUGGGGAAGGAAGAGGGGAUAGAGAGUCCGCAAAGUGUGGCUUACUGUCCACUGAGGAAGAUGUUGUUUGUCACCUGCAUGCACUAUUGCAGACCUGAAUUGGAGAAUUUCGUGAAUGUUUUCAACUUAGUAUAG